AGACUAUCUAAAUAUGUGAAAAACACACAGCUUUAAUUUCUAGUUUGAGAAAAUGACCACUUCUUCUUUUCAAUCCCAAAUAGGCAAAAAGCUAGAAGGUAAGGUAGCAUUUAUAAGUGGUGGAGCUAGUGGUAUAGGAGCAGCCACAACUAGACUUUUUGUUCAACAUGGUGCAAAAGUUACAAUAGCAGAUAUUCAAGACGAUCUAGGAAAUUCCUUAGUACAAGAAAUUGGCACAGAACACGUAAUGUUCGUACAUUGUAAUGUUGCGAUUGAAUCUGACGUUCAAAAUGCAGUAGAUGCAGCAAUUGCUAAAUUUGGUAAGCUAGACAUAAUGUUUAGUAACGCUGGUGUAUUAGGUAAAGUAUUUUCAAGCAUUCUAGAUGUCGAUUAUGCUACAAUUAAGGAUGUGUUAGAUGUAAAUGUUAUUGGGGCAUUCUUCUGUGCGAAACAUGCUGCUAGGGUGAUGAUUCCAAAUAAAAAAGGUGUCAUUCUUUUCACGGCAAGUGCUUCCACCGUGGUAUAUGGUACUGGUAUCUCGCACACCUCUACGUCCUCAAAAGGUGCAGUUUUAAGCCUCUCAAAGAAUGUUGGAAUCGAAUUAGGAAAAUAUGGAAUAAGAGUUAAUUGCAUUUCUCCUUAUUGCAUUAGCACACCUUUAAUGCUAAAUGGAUUUGGAAUAGAUAAAAUAAAGGCAGACAAAUGGUUUGAAGAAGCAGGAAAUUUGAAAGGAGUUUUAUUGGAUGAACAAGAUGUAGCAAAUGGAGUGUUGUACUUGGCAAGUGAUGAUUCUAAAUAUGUGAGUGGACAUAAUCUCAUACUUGAUGGUGGAUUUAGUACAACAAAUGUGGCUUUAACAGAGACCUAUAAAAAGUUGUUUCCAUGAAAUGAUUGAUCACAUCAUUUCAGUAUUCAAUAUCAAAGCCGAUCAGAUCGAUUAUAAGAUAACUAAAGCAAUAGCUUACACUAUAUUAUGAAUCUAUAUCAAUAAAAAUAAGGAAUAAAGAGAUAGUCCCCUUUGAUCAAUUGGAUUAUAGCUUGAAAUAAAGUUACAUGAUUGAUUCAUGUUUCUUCUUGUGUAUUCAUUUUCCAAAUGACUAGUUUAUCUUAUGUUGUACCUUAAUAUGCUUGUUGUGUUUACAUUGAUGAUUGUAAUAAAUUAAACUUAAUAUGCUUGUUGUGUUUACAUAGAUGAUUGUAAUAAAUUAAACUUAAUAUGCUUGUUGUGUUUACAUUGAUGAUUGUAAUAAAUUAAACUUUAUGUG